AUUAAAUCUAAAAUUACCUAAUUAUGAUUCAAGGAGCUUAGACCGACUUCAUCCAUGUAUUUUAUUGAUAUUAUAUUGGUUAUAAUAGAUCUUAAAGAAAUAUAAAAAAAGUAAAAGGUACUCUGAAUUACAAGAAUUGCAUAUCUAAUGUAAUUAUGACAUUCAACUUGAUAUAGGUGUUGUUGAUGAAUUAAAAGGGAAUAAUAAAGAAGAGCAUUUCCACAAAUUUUUUGAAGUACUGCAAAGUUCAUUAAGCACAAUUGGAUCUUUUAAGUUUUUAGUACUUUGUCACAAACUGAUCUAUUAACUCUAACAAGAAUUUGCCAUUAGAUUUAUUUAAAAUAAGCUCAUACCUGGAGAUGAUACAGAUAAGUCUAGAUUGGCUAUUUACUAUUAUAAUUUUUUAUUCAAAUUAUGCGAAAACUUUGAUUACUAUAAAGAAGUUAUAGAGUUUAUUGAAACUGAUAAUAUUGAGAAAUUUAUGAAAUAUGAAUUAUUUGUUCAAAUCCAAAUAUUAUAUCCCUUAGCUUAGAUACUAUAGGAAUUGUCUUAAGUAACAUAUUCAAUUUAUUAGGUUGUAAAAUUAUUAGAUUACUUACUUUGCAGAGAAUCACCACUCCUUCUUUAAUUGGGGACUUGCAUUCUGAAAGAUUUUUGCGUUAUUUAUAAUUUCUUAUCCACAGCUAUGCAGGAAUUGCAAAGUAGAAGUUGUUUAUAAAUGUCUUAGUAUACAUUUUGAAGGUUC